AUGACAAGGAUAAAAAGCAAAGCAGCAGCAGCAGCAGCAGCAGCAGCAGCAGCAGCAGUAGCAGCAGCAGCAGCAGCAGCAAGCGGCCGCGUAGCUCCGAAGAUGCUGCAGCACCAUCGAGCGGAGCAGCAGGCAGCAGCAGCAGCAGCAGCAGCACAGCAGCACUGUGAGGAGAGCAGCACGAAGAUAAAACCCUCUGAACUGCGGCAUCGUGUGAAUUCUUCUGUGCAGGAUAAAAAGCAAAGCAGCAGCAGCAGCAGCAGCAGCAGUAGCAGCAGCAGCAGCAGCAGCAGCAGCAGCAAGAGGCCGCGUAGCACCGAAGAUGCUGCAGCACCAUCGAGCGGAGCAGCAGGCAGCAGCAGCAGCAGCAGCAGCACAGCAGCAGCAGCAGCAGCAACAGGAGAUGCUGCAACCGAUUCAAGUAUAUCUCAGUCUGCUGCAGCAGCAGGAGACAGUGGAGCAGCAACAUCAGCAGCAGCAGCAGCAGCAGCAGCAGCAGCAGCACGAGAGAUGAGAAAAAAUAAAAAAGAACAAAGUGCACUAGCAGCACAAGGAAGAGUUGAUCGUGUGCGUUACGACGACGAGACAGACUCUGAAGAGGAAGCAGCAGCAGCAGCAGCAGCAGGAGGAGGAGCAGCAGCAGCAGCAGGAGGAGCAGCAGCAGCAGGUUUUCUGGCAGCAGCAGCAGCAGACGCAGCAGCAGCAGCAGGAGGAGCAGCAGCAGCAGGUUUUCUGGCAGCAGCAGCAGCAGACGCAGCAGCCGAAAGAGCAGCAGCAGCAGCAGCAGCAGCAGGCCGUGUUGCUCAUGAUGCAGCAGAGAUAGCAGCAGCAGGAGAAGCAGUGGUGCUGACGCUGCGGGACGUGCCGCUGCUAGCAGCAGACGGGGAGCUACAUGAGGUGGCAGCAGCAGCAGCAGCAGCAGCAGCAGCAAAGGAGGAGAUCAUGCGUCGAGAAGCAGCAAAGAACCCAAGUUCGCAUUCANGAGGAGAGCUGCUGCAGCAGCAGGGAGCAGCAAAGGGAUUCCUGCUGCUGGGUGAUGAGCUGCAGCCAGAUAUUAAACCUCCUCCUGCUGCUCCUGCUGCUGCUGCUGCUGCUGCUGCUGCUGCUGCUGCUGCUGAUGAGGAGACGGAGACACAUGUACUGGGAGCCACAGAGUUUAAAAAAAGAAAAAAACAAAAAAAAGAAAAACAGAGACAAACGGGAAAGGACUUCUGGCUAGCUCUUGCUGCUGCAGCAGAAGAUGCAGCAGCAGAUAAAGACAAUGAAGACGAAACCACCAGCAGCAGCAGCAGCAGCAGCAGCAGCAGCAGCAGCAGCAAAGGAGGAGAUCAUGCGUCGAGAAGCAGCAAAGAACCCAAAGAGAAGAACGCACAGAAGGAGAAGGUUGCUGAGGCUUUGGCUGCAGCAACAAAAGACAGAGAGAGAAACCCUCGUCAAGACGGCAGCAGCAGCAGCAGCAGCAGCAGCAGCAAGAGCAGCAGCAGCAAGAGCAGCAGCAGCAAAAGCAGCAGCAGCAGCAGCAGCAGCAGCAGCAGCAGCAAAGAGGUUAGAGUGAAGCAGCUAGCUGAGGUCCUAGAGGAAGAGCUUGGGGUGUAUGGACAGCCCCAAGAAGGAGCAGCAGAAGAGAGAGACCCCACAGAAAUAGAAAGACAGAGACUACUAGCACAAAUAAAAAGUUGUGCUGCGGUUGCUGCUGCUGCUGCUGGUGUGCUGAUGCUGCUGCUGCUGCUGCCAUCGUGCUGCUCAUCUGUGGAGGAGGAGGAGGAGACGGAGCCAAAGGGUCUCCUUCCUAAGACGGCGAUGCUUGUCAAGCAGGCGAAUCAGACAUCUGUGGAGGAGGAGGAGGAGGGUAUUCAGCUGUCUAGGAUGACGGAGUUUUGCCGCAGUGUACGUACACCUCUCGAGAAAGCAAACGAAGCGCGAGGAGGGUUUCUGGGGCCCAAGCCAACCAAGGGGAUUAAAAUCAGCAGCAGCAGCAGCAGCAGCAGCAGCAGCAGCAGCAGCAAGGGGGCUAGACGGUCAUUGUCUCCGGAUAGUAUGCAGGAGCGAGAAGAGAGAGAAGAGGGAGAGGUGGUGGAGACGGAGAAUAAAGAAGAGGGAGAAGAAGACGAAGACUCAGAGCCUGAGUUUAUGGCCGAACAGCCAAUCGGAGAUUCCGUCUCAGGGGCACUGGCGUAUCUACAGAGCAAAGAGCGAAGACUGCAGGAGAAUUUGCUGGAUUCUUUGCCUACUCUGAAGGCGCUACAAAAAGUGCAGGAGGGCGAGGGCACCGCCCACCUCAUACUCACCGGGGGAAACAUAGACACCUAA